AAACACUUCUUUUUUUACCGCGACACUUCCGGUUUGCAGCGGUACAUCCGUUUUAGAAAAUAGAAAACAUUCGAGAAGUGGUGGAAUGGAGAUGCUAAUCAAUCUAUUUCCAUCCGUUUUCGAUCGCUCUGAAAUGUUAAUAAGGCAAUGCCGUUCUCCUGAGAAGUAAAAAAAAUAAAAAUAAAUACCCUCAGCUGCAGUCAUGUUGCCUCUGAAGGACAAGGAUAAGCCUGUUGUCCAGAAGCUGCUGUCGGCGGGCUGCUGCGCUCGCUGUGUACUCAGAUUCUGCUGUGUCCGCGUUCAAGCCGCCUAUCGACGACCCCAACAGGAAAUACUCAAAGAUCUCCAGGAUUUCCUUCACGGUCCAGAAAAGAAUCAAUGUGAUGUGUCAACAGACAACAAGUCCUGUGAUCCAGUUGUUUCAGAAGCUGCUGCAGAUCCACCCAGCAAAAGAGCUAAACUGGAGACUGAUCUGUCAGACGACGGCCAGGCUGAGGCGGCUGCAGCAGCAGCUGCUGCUAUCAUCACAGAGACCCAUUGUGUGUGUGUGGUGUGUUUGGGAGUCCUUCAGGAAUUUAGUGACACUGAUCAGGCCGUGAAGAUCGCAGAGGCUGUGAAGACUGAGAAGUACGAGUUUGACUCCUUGGUGCUGUCUGUCUCUCUGCCCGCUCAGCUCUGUGUCCGUGAGCACUCCUGUUGGCUUCACGUGAAGAAGGAAGUGAGGGAGAAGAGCCCCCUGCUGGACAAAGAAGACAUUGUUCCGCUAAAGGAGGCUUACAAGUGGCUGGUCCAGAGCACCAUUUCCACAGAGCUGGGAGGGGUUUUUGUGGUGACCAAGAGUCCACUAGAGGUCGCAGUGGAGUUUAGCCAUAAUCCAACAGAUUCCGACUGUCACUUUCUAGGGUCGACGUGUCCCGACUGCUUCAAGCCCACCAAGAACAAACAGUCAGUUUUCACCAGGAUGGCAGUGGUCAAAGCUCUGGAGAAGAUCUCCGAGGCCAAAUUUCUCAGACACUACUCUUGUCCACCAACACAGCCGUCCAGCAGCUGUGUUCUUCAGGGCAUCCAGUGUCUGCACCAGUCUGUUUUCAUAGCAGGGAGGUACAACAAGUUCUGCCGCAGCCUACCGCAGACUCCGUGGCUCAUUGACGGAGAGAGGAGGAUGGAGUCGUCGGUGGAGGAGCUGAUCGCAGCCCCCGUCCUGUCUGCAUUCAGAGCCAAUGGUUUUAAUUUCUCCUCAUCAGGCAGAGAGGACGUCGAUGUGCGAACGCUGGGAAACGGUCGACCGUUUGCCAUGGAGCUGCUGAAUCCUCACAGAGCCAGACUGAACGUCCAGGACAUGAAGCAGCUGCAGGAGAGCAUCAACGUGUCGUCAGACAAAAUCAGAGUAAGGGACCUUCAGAUUGUUUCCAGAGAGGCGAUGGGUCGGAUGAAGGAAGGCGAGGAGGAAAAGACCAAAACCUACACUGCUCUAAUCUGGACGAGGAAACCUAUCAAGAAAGAAGACAUUGCCUUCAUUAGUGACAUUAAGGAGCUGACCCUUGAUCAGAAGACUCCUCUGAGGGUUUUGCACCGACGCGCGUUGGCCGUCCGCCAGCGUGUGGUCCACAGUAUGAACACCCGUUUCCUGGACGCCCAUCACUUCCACCUGGAGCUGAAGACUCAAGCUGGGACGUACGUCAAAGAGUUCGUUCACGGAGACUUUGGACGCACCAAACCCAACCUGUGUGACCUGCUGAAGAUGGACACUGACAUCCUGGAGCUGGACGUGGAGUCUGUAGAUGUGGACUGGCCGCCUUCUAUCCAAGAGUGAGAGCUGCUGCUGCUGCUUCCACCUCCACCACCUCAGCCUGGACCAGAAGUUCUGCCCUGACAAGGACGGAGGAGGUUCCUUAUGUUGACGUGAUCAUGGAAAACUCCCAGACCAAACUGCUGCUGAUUUGAUCAGGACGCUACAGAUCAAACACUUCUCGUUACCUUCCCCUUUUUGCUUAGAAGCAAAAUAAGUCCUCGAUUUGUCUCACAGAGGGACAUCUUCUGUCAUGUUUCGUCCACUCUGGAUUGUGAACUAAAUACGUUUUAAAGAAUUGAAAAAGA